AGCGUUCAAAAGCCCUCGCGGAGCGCCGGCGGCUGUCUCCUGCUCCAGUCCCACCGGAGCGGCGGCGUUGCUGGGGGUUGUCCACUGAUCUCUCGCUUCCCCACCCCUUUUCUCUUGCUUCCCAGCCAUGGAGGGGAGAGAGGAUGCUGAGGGCAGCUGCGAUGUAGCUUUUGCUGAAGCUCAGAGAUGGGUGGAGGCAGUCACUGGGAAAAGUUUUGGAACCAAAGAUUUUCGAGCAGCUUUAGAAAACGGAGUCCUGUUGUGCGAUUUGAUUAACAAGAUCAAACCUGGCAUCAUUAAGAAGAUCAAUCGUCUGUCUACUCCAAUAGCUGGUUUGGAUAAUAUAAAUGUUUUUCUGAAAGCUUGUGAAAAUAUUGGAUUGAAAGAAGCUCAGCUCUUUCAUCCUGGGGAUCUUCAGGAUUUGUCCAGUCGAGUUACUGUCAAGCAAGAAGAGACCAAUAGAAGACUGAAAAAUGUUUUGAUUACAUUAUACUGGCUGGGGAGGAAAGCAAAAAACAACCCUGGUUACAAUGGUCCAAACCUUAACCUUAAAGCAUUUGAGAAAUUACUAGGACAAGCUCUGACCAGGGCCCUCGAAGAAUCCAGCAGUCUGAAAAGCAGUGGCAGGGAUAGCGGGUACGGUGAUAUUUGGUACAUUGACCGUGGAGAAGCAUUUUCACCUUCCACUAGCCAUAAAAGAGACGAUUCUUUCGAUAGCCUGGACUCCUUUGGUUCAAGAUCCUCCACAAGCUUUUCAUCAGAUAUAACCUUGAAGGGUGGCAGUGAAGGUUGCGAAAGUGACACGGACUCUGAACUGCCUUACAAAAUGCAUGAUUCUGGCAAAGAUGACAUGUCAUAUCGCAGGACUGCUGUGAUUGAACCAAAACCUGCUACAGAGUUCAAUCGUUUCUUACCCUGCAAAACCAAACAGGCAUCAUAUAUGCCAGCACCACUCAGAAAAAAAAGGACAGAGAAGAAUGAGGACAACAGAAGAAGCUGGGCAAGUCCUGUCUUCACUGAGCCAGAUGGAACAUUUUCAAGUAACCAGAGGAGGCAGAGGCAUUUGGACCCUAAAGAGGAAAGCAAGCCAAAAGUUAACAUUUCUUCAAAAUUCUCCGGCUAUUCUGAUGAUGAGGAGGAAAAGGCAGUAGGCAUCCCAAACAUUGAAAAAGAUGAUCUCUAUGUUCGCAAACUAAACUCUGCAGUUUCAAACCCAAUGGUUUCUUUUGAUAAGUUUCUACCUAAAUUUUGGACUCCAGAAGAAGAAUUGCAUUGGAAAAAAAUCAAAAAAGGAUCCUCUUCCAAACCAUGGUAUAAGGACCUUCAGGGAUUCAGUAGAAGGAAGUCUGAUUCUGAGGAUGAAGAUUCAGUCUAUAAACAAAGCAAUGCCAAACUGACUGCUGAUUAUGUGGGGGAAUCAUUGUCCCACAUUGCAGAAGGGGGAAUCACGUACGCCUCUGAUCAACGCAGUCAGUUUUCAUUACUUCAGACCCUCCAAAAAUACUCUGAUGACUACUUGUCUUCUGAAAUGAAGACCAAAAUUGAUCCUACUUCUGGCCCUAGGGUCAUAACAUGCAGAAAGAAUAUUUAUUUUACGCCAGGAUGGAACCAGAGGGAAACUCUGAAUGGAGACCCAUAUCCAGACUUGGAAAAUGACGAUUUGUUUGUUCGGAAGAUUGGGACUUUCCACAUGAAUCCAAUUGCUCUCCAAGCUUUUGAAUACUUUAGAAAAUCCUCUGAGCAAGAACCUCUUUUAGAGGGUGAAAUAAUUCUGCAACCCAGAGAGGACCAACCUGUUAUUCCAGACUUAGAAAAAGAUGACAUGAUUGUUCGUAAAGUACAAACACAUAAAAAAGAAGUGCCUUUAUCAGGUGCUCCAGAUAAAUACCAUCCUGCACUCUUUCCUGACCCUUGGAGUCUUCCACCAGAAAUCCAAUCCAAAUUUCUUUGUUUACUUGACAAGACUAACCCAACAGAAGAUGAAAAAAAUGGUGGUAGAGUCUUAUCACCCUCUUUGCAGCAGAAGAAGGAUGACAUGCUGACUCGCAAGAUUGAGUCCUGGAAAGUAGGAAGUGUUCUGCAGCCAGUCAGUUUUACUCCAGGUCCAUGCAGCGAAGAAGACUGGAAAAAAUGGGAGGCUAUCAGAGAGGCCAGCAAAGUUAGACACAAGAAACGCCAGAUGGUUGAGAGACUGUUUCAAAAGCUUUCUGAUGAGGAUGGGAGCAAGUCUUUGAAUGAUGUCAGUGCAGAUGAGGCCCAAGUGCUGCGCCAGGUUCGUUAUGAAGAGCUACAGAAAAUAAAAUCCAAGCUACAGGAACAAGAUCAAAAGUGGCAAGAUGAUCUAGCAAAAUGGAAAAAUCGUCGAAAAAGUUUCACUUCGGAUUUGCAAAAGAAAAAGGAGGAGAGAGAAGAAAUCGAAAGGAGAGCCUCUGAGACUUCUGAAAGAAAUAGCAAGUCACUGAAAGAAAUGCAGCAGGACAGGGAGAACAGAGAUCAAGGAUCCUACAGCGACAUGCAGCAAAAGAGUGAACGCACUCGAAUGUAUUCAUCAGAUGAUGUAUUUAGUGAAGAAAAACAUCCUUCCAGACCAUCAGUAGCAAAAGAUUAUCUUGUCGAAAAAGAUGCCUCUUACAGCUUUAAGAAGAAUGAAAAAUCAUAUGCUGCACAAACUAACAAAGAGAAUUCUCAAAAGCUAGAGAUCUAUGCAACAGCUGAAACUCAAAUUCCAUCUAAAAGCCUAUUAGAAGAACAGAGCUCAGUCCCUUUGUCUACUCACCAUUCAGUGAAUGCACAAAUGGGGUCAGCUCGGGUUUCAGCUUCUCUCCCCAGAAGUAGCCAGAAAACAGAUACCUCUAGGUUAACAUCUGUGGUUACACCAAGACCUUUUAGUGUCCACUCAAGAGGAAUUUCAUCACUUCCCAGAUCAUUUACGGUGGACGAUGUCCAGAAAUAUAAUGGAGAAGUAGAUGGAGCCAAGAGAUCUCAAACUUUGCUCACCAGCUAUUCAUUUUCAACACUGGAAGCAGGACCACUUCUCUCCGCAGAUGCAAUGACAAGUGGUGGUGAGGAAGAAAAGGAAAGCAUUAAAAGAAAAGAGUCUCCUACCCUGAGAGCUUCUGCUACAUCCCAAUACCAGGAUGCAGUGUCCCCUGAUCUUAAAUCAGAGUAUUAUACUCAUCCUGACCCUGUUACAGUUGCAGCUUCUGCAGAAAUAAGAAACCUGCCAGAGUCAGAGGUUUCAGUGUCACAGGACAAGUACAGUGAAAUGAGAAUCAGUAUAAACCAGAGAUCUGGUAACAGUCGGAACUUUGGGUUCACCACAAAUUGGAAACCUUCUGGGGUUUUUGUACAGACAAUUGAAGGUAGCACUGCAGACCUUGGCCAGCUGCAAGUAGAUGAUGAAAUCAUUGCUGUUAAUGGCACAAGAGUUUCACAAAUGGACCAUAAUCAGUGGGAGGAAGCCAUGGCCAAUGCACUAGAAACUGGAAACUUGGUCAUGGAUGUCAGACGAUAUGGAAAAAAUGAUUGGGGCAAAGACCAGCCUUCCCUGCCAUAUGUAAGGCAUAAAAUCCUCAAUCUCACCAGUAUGGCUACCAACAUUGUAGGUACACCUGAAAAUAAAUGGAUUGAAGCAACUUCUGGAGAUCACAAUUCUACCAACUCUUCAAACAUAUCAGCCAAAAGAGAUUUCUUCUACAGCCUUCAAAAUUCUGAUGCUGGAGCAAAAGUGAUAAAUGGAAUGCAAGCAGAUAUGAGCUCUCAUGAGCAAAAAGAAUCUGAACCUAUUUCUUUGAAAAACUUAAAAAGACGGUCACAAUUUUUUGAACAAGGAGGCUCAGAGCCUGCAGUGUCUGAUCUCCCAGUUCCAUCUAUUAAUGCUCCAAGUCGUUGGACUUGGGACCAAGAAGAAGAGAGAAAACGACAGGAAAAAUGGCAGAAAGAACAGGAACGUUUACUUCAGGAGAAAUACAAACGUGAACAGGAGAAACUGCGGAAAGAAUGGCUACAGGCUCAGCAAGAAGCAGAAAGAGAGAGUUCCAAAUAUUUAGAUGAGGAGCCGACUGUCCUAACCUUCAACACAGUAUCGGUACCUGCACAUGCACCACCUAUUUCUCGCUGGGGAAGAAACGUGGGAGAAGACGCUGAUGAUCUUGAAGGAGGCAGAAGACAUGAGUGGGGGGAACCGCAGCAGAAUGAGGAAGAGAAGGAAAUGGAAAGGAGGAGACUCCAGGAGGAAAGGAGACUUCAAGAGGAAAAAGCCCUGCAUUUGGAGCAAAAAAGGAAAGCCCAAGAACUAGAGCUUGAAAGAGAGCAAAAAGAAAAGGAACAACAAUAUGCCGAGGAGCAGAAGCAGCGAGCAGAGGCCGAGGAGCAGAAGCGGCGCAUGGAAAAAGAAAGGGAGAUACCAAUACAGAUGCCCCAAUACCGAAGACAUUAUGACCAUUAUGAAGUAUCUAAAAACUUUGAAGAUCCAUCUGGCCACUUUCUUGCUGACAGAAAUAAAUCUAGAUCGACUUCAGAACUGGAUGAUUACCCCAGAAGUCAAAAUGGUACAAACAACAAAUAUUUGGAAAAGUCUUGGAAUGUCAGUGAUUCACAGAAGGGGUCUCAGAAAGAGCCUGCUCAGUCUUCAGCAGAAAUAGAGAGACAACAUAUCCUUCAGGAAAUGAGAAAGAAAACAUCACUACAUACAGACAACAGCUGGAUUAGGCAGCGUAGUUCUAGUGUGCAUAAGGACCCUGUUAAUCUUCACAAGAAUACAAUGAAGAGAGGUGAAUCUUUAGAUAACCUUGAUUCCUCAAGAACAAGUUCAUGGAGAUCUCCACUUUGGACGAAUCAAUCUGCCUCUUCCACAUCCUUGUCAUCUAAUCAAGAUUUUAGUCGCUCUGCUGCUCCACUAGUGUCUACUUCGAACCGAGCUUACAUGCGUACCCCCUCCUCCAGUGUAGCACCUCCUUCAGCCAGCUCUGGAAGAUCAGCAACUUCAUCCCACAGUUUCCCCUCAGCACCUUCGUCUGUACCUCGUGCUCAGUCUCCUACCUCUGCUUCCCGAUCAGGAGCUCAGCAGCGGAACAGGUCAGUCAGUGGGAAGAAAAUAUGCUCAUACUGUAAUAACGUUCUGGGCAAAGGAGCAGCCAUGAUCAUCGAAUCUCUUGGUCUUUGUUAUCAUUUACAUUGUUUUAAGUGCACAGCUUGUGCAUGCGACCUCGGAGGCUCGCACUCAGGAGCUGAAGUCAGGAUCCGAAACAAUGAACUCUUCUGCAACGACUGCUAUGUCAAAUUUAAAACUGGACAGCCAACCUCCAUGUGAAGCAACCAUAAACAUGAAACCAUUGUUGCAGAUAGAAGAGGAGGUGGUUGCUGGUGAUGUAGAUCUAUAAAUAUGUAUUUUGUUUGUGUUUUUUAAGGGUAACGUUUUUGCCUGUCUAGAUUAUGUAGAAGAUGCAUUGUAUCUUUCAUUCAACUUUAGUUAUUUAUGAGAAUGUAAUCACAAGAAGGAACUCUCUUGGGGGAAAACACAUUCACUUUUUGAGUUCAAUGUACUUAAAAGCACAAGGGAGAACAAACAUUUAUCAGUCAUAACUUCAAAACAUUUUUGAGGCUGAUAAUCAACUAGCAGAGUUUCCAAUGGUAUAUGAAGAGGGUAUUUUGUUUUUUAUGCUCUUAAAUGAGCACUAUUGAAAUAGUUAAUAUAAAUAUGUAUUUGUGAUUGCUAUCUUUAUUUUUGACAUAUGCUAUGAGGUGAAGUCUCUAGAAUAAUAUGAAGCUGCAUUAAAAUGUACACCAAAAUGUUUGCUUUCUGUAUUCUGGUUUCUAAAACUGUUUACUAUUUGCUUUUUGAAAGUACAAAGUAUAGGCUGUUUGCUCAGUGGUGAUGGCAUAAUCUUUUGCAUAAGAACAAUGGAACCUCUUUGGAGGAAAGGAGUCUAUUUUCUCUUUAUAAUUGAAAAAUAUAACUAUCCGUUUCCCAUCAAAGAAGUUAAUCCAGAAAGUGGAGAAUUUUUUGUUGAAUUCCAGUACCUUUGUAAAUAAAUGUUCUGAUACUGAAUUUAUUAGGUAUUUCUUUCUCUUUCCUGCCUUUCAAAAUAUCCAGAGCCAUGAAUGGUGCAUAGAGUGAAUUUGCUGAACAAUAAAUAUGAUUGUUUGAA